GAUCACCCAGGAAAAAAAAAAAAAAAAGGAAAAGUAACUCAAGAAAGGAAAAAACUCAUGGUGGUGGUGCACGCUCGGAAGGAGGGGGUACUGUAUUUUGCUUUUAAUCAGAUCGUGGAGAUUUUGUGACCACAGACUGCACCUGAUAAGCUGUUGGCUGACUUCUUCUCGGUGGACCGUGGGGUUUUCCAAAGUUGGAUUUAUCAGAGGUGAAGUGCUGCUGGGAUUGGAUAUGCAGCUCUCGGCUUGAGAGAGAAACGCUGGAGUUUUUUUUUCUUUCCGGACACUAUCCUUAAGUGUCUUAAGUUAUUCCCUACGUCUUCAAAAUUUGUAGUGGACAUAUAAUAACUGCGUAAUAAGACAGUGCAACUCUCUGGCUAAGUUUUGAAACAGUGUUGCUCUACAGUUAUUUUGAGAGCUCUCCGGGCGCAGUGUCCUUUAACACUGUUUCAUGUCUUCAAACAUGUAAGCUUUCCUAACCAGAAAGUAAGGUUAAGCCUUUAUGAAAACUCUAAGAAACUUGAAUGCCAACUUCGGUGCUACACCAGUCCGUUGUAGCCUACUUUUGUUGGCUUUAAUGUGAAUCACCUUUUUGAUUUUUUUUUCUUUUAGCCCGCGUCGGACACCAGAGGAGAAAGUUGGAGUGGGAAACUCCUGUCCUGUAAAGACUGUUAUUGCAAUGGACAACAUUUUACUACACCACCGUUUAUGCUAGCCUCAGUUUUACACGAGGAGGACCGCAAACAUGCUGUAAAGGCUUUUAAUCUCUCCGAAGCUGCCUUCGUAAUCACAGUUUGCGGGUACGAGGAGACGGCGCAGCGGCCGCGCUAUUAAAGCUGGAUACAAAAUGGCGGCGUCACUGGGACGAUUUGGAUAUGUUUCACGUUGUGUUUUUUAUUUAAUAUUGUCGCUCGAACUGUUUAUCGGUCGUGGAUUGAGCUCGGACCUGCCGUGUGCCCAGAACUGUACGUGCAGCGGAGACUCAGUGGACUGUAGUAACCAGGAGCUGACAGCUACGCCUCUGGACCUUCCAGUCCGGACCGUCUCCUUAAAUCUUGGACACAACAAGCUGACCUCCAUCGAUGUUGAAGCUUUUGACGACCUUCCCAACUUGCGAGAGCUGCGGCUGGACCACAAUGAGCUGACCUCCAUACCAGAUUUAGGACAGGCAGCUUCCAAGAUUGUAUCCCUCUACCUACAUCAUAAUAAGAUCCGCAGUAUAGACGGCAGACGGACCAGAGAGCUGGUCUCUGUGGAAACCCUGGACCUGAGCAAUAAUGACAUCACUGAGCUCCGCGGGCACUGCUUUCCUUCUCCCCUCCAAAUCCGAGACCUGUACCUGAGCAACAACAAGAUCAGUGUGCUGGAGCUUGGAGCUCUGGACCAUCUGGGAUCAACUCUACAGGUCCUGAGACUGAGCCGAAACCGCAUCAGCCAGAUACCUGUCAGAGCCUUCCAGCUCCCAAGACUGACCCAGCUUGAGCUGAACAGGAACCGUAUCCGUCAGGUGGAGGGUCUGACCUUUCAGGGUCUGUCCAGCCUGGAAGUCCUCAAGCUGCAAAGAAACAGCAUCAGCAAACUGACAGACGGGGCCUUCUGGGACCUGGCCAAGAUGAAAGUCCUUCACCUGGACUACAACAGCCUGGCAGAGGUGAACAGUGGCUCUCUGUAUGGCCUGACGUCCCUUCAGCAGUUAUUCCUCAGUAACAACUCUAUAGCCCGCAUCAAUGCUGAUGGAUGGAAGUUCUGCCAGAAACUGAGGGAACUGAAUCUGUCGUACAACAACUUGACUCGUCUGGAUGAAGGCAGUCUGGCUGUGCUGGGGGAUCUCCACGCUCUCCGUCUGGGACACAACUCCAUCAGCCACAUCACAGAGGGAGCCUUCAGAGGCCUCAAGGCUGUACGCAUCCUGGAGCUGGACCAUAACGACAUCUCGGGGACAAUAGAGGACACCAACGGGGCCUUCUCUGGUUUGGACAGCCUAAACAAGUUGACUCUCUUUGGAAACAAGAUCAAGUCGGUGGCCAAGAAAGCCUUCUCUGGUCUGGAGACCCUGGAACACCUGAACUUGGGAGAGAAUGCCAUCCGCUCCAUCCAGCCUGAUGCCUUCAGCAAAAUGAGGAACCUCAAAAGCCUUCUAAUUCAGAGCGACAGCUUCCUGUGUGACUGCCAGCUCCACUGGUUGCCCGACUGGUUGGUGACACGCAGUCUGCAGGCCGGAGUCAACGCCACCUGUGCUCACCCAGAGAGCCUGAAGGGCACCGACAUCUUCCAGGCCCCGCCCAGCAGCUUUGUCUGUGAUGAUCUUCCAAAGCCCCAAAUCACUGUGCAGCCAGAAACCACAGUGACAGUCCUAGGUAGCGAUGUGAAGCUCACCUGUACGGCCGCCAGCAGCAGCUCCUCCCCCAUGACCUUCGCUUGGCGAAAGGACCAGGAGCUGCUUCGCAAUGCUGAGACCAAAAACUACGCCCAUGUGCGUGCUCACCAUCAGGGAGCAACAUCUGACGCGCCCGGUGCCGGCGGAGGUGUGAUGGAGUACACCACAAUUCUGCACCUGCGGCAUGUCACCUUUGCUCAUGAGGGCCGUUACCAGUGUAUCAUCACCAACCACUUUGGCUCCACCUACUCCAGCAAGGCUCGCCUCAUUGUCAAUGUGCUCCCGUCCUUUGUGAAGACACCCAGGGACAGCACCAUCAGGACUGGACACACAGCCAGGCUGGAGUGUGCCGCAGAGGGACACCCGACACCGCAGAUCGCCUGGCAGAAAGACGGCGGCACAGAUUUCCCCGCCGCACGCGAGCGACGAAUGCACGUCAUGCCCGAUGACGACGUCUUCUUCAUCAUGAACGUCAAGCCGGAGGACAUGGGCGUGUACAGCUGCACCGCCAAAAAUACAGCUGGCACCGUCUCUGCCAACGCCACCCUCACAGUGCUAGAAACCCCCCGCCUGGCCCAGGACCUGGAGAACCGCAGCGUGGUGGUCGGGGACACGGUGGCUCUGCAGUGUAAGGCCCUGGGCAGCCCGCCGCCUCGCAUCACCUGGCUGCGCAAUGACCAGCCUCUACGGCCUUCUGACAGACAUCACUUCACCCCGGGGAACCAGCUGCUGGUCAUCGGCUCCGCCUCGCUGGAGGACGCCGGGCGCUACACCUGCCUCAUGUCCAACGCGCUGGGGACGGAGCGCGCUCACAGCCAGCUGGUGGUGACUCGGCGCCGCAGCACAUGUGCGGCGUCGACGGGGCCGAUCACAGUCACUAUAGGGAUCAUUGUCAUCGCCGUGGUGACAAGUAUUGUGGUGACAUCGCUUGUUUGGGUGUGCAUCAUCUACCAGACCAGGAAGAAGAGCGAGGAGUGCAGUGUCACCAACACAGAUGAGACGAUUGUUCCACCAGAUGUACCCAGCUACCUGUCCUCCCAGGGCACGCUCUCUGAGCGCCAGGAUGUGUGUAUCCGCGUAGAGGCAGGCAUUGGACCUCAGCCUAACGGACACAUCAUAGACACCACAGGAUUUGACGGUGCUGUCGUGUGUACAGACUGCAUGGAGAACAGCAGCAACUACUCCAAAGAUCCCGACUACCUGCCGCACAGGUUUGGCCCUGGAGGAGGGAUGGACUACCAACAGCACUCUGCACCCCCAUCAUACUCUUACUGCCUCCAAGGGGAGCAGCACGACUCAGAAACACUGUCAACCCCCCUCUGCAACGGGACACACAACGGGAUCCGAAAGGACUUGCAUGGCUAUCCAAAAAAUCACAACACGUUACAACUGAGUGAUAGAACAGUGGUGGCGUGCUCUCCAUCACAGGAGGACUCCUUCCACAAGCCGGUAAAGCUGGCUGCAGUGACGUGCCAUGGCCACGUGGACAGUGACUGUGAUCCUGAGAUCAGGCAGACUCUGCUGUCCAAUGGACAUACCCUCAGAGCCUCUCAAAAUGAGAGCGCCCCCCUAAGGAGAGCCAGCGACUAGCAGGCACUCCAUCGAGCCCCAAACUUGGACUUUAAAAAAAAAAAAAAUUUGCACUGGGAAAUAAACUGCUACCUCAUAUCGAGGCUAUUGAUCCUAAACCUCCUGGGUUUGAACUGAAAUGGAGAACCAGGAGAAAGAAAGGAGGGGGAGGGGCAUCCGGAGUGUGAAGGCGGAGCUUGUGUGGGUGGCGUCCCAUCUGAGCGUAUCAGCUGUACAUAGUUAAAAACCUUCAUGUGGGAGGUGACCAAUAAGAAUUCUAGCUCCAGAAAAUGUGACUUGCAUUUGAAGCAUGUAAAUGUAGGGAAUCUUGUACAGUGUAUGUAUGUGCAGGGGAAAAGAGAAAUAUACCUUUGGACAUUUGACUGUACAUAAGAGUUUUCUUAUAUUAUAUAUUAUAUAACUUUUACAAAAGAGUAUUUGAAUUUAUGUGCAUGAAAAAGAAAGGAGUGAUGGUAUUUUUAUUUCUAUCGAAAAAAACAGCCUUUUUCAGCUUCAACCAACCGUCAGCUGCGGUGCCUUAUUGCAUGAUCAAAGAAAACUCAACUUGUAAUAGCAUAUAUCAAGAGACUUUACAUGAGAGAUUCUGGUACACUCUUUAUAGCAACACUUUAUUGCACUUGAAAGUUUUGUGACAAACGCUGCCAAACAUGGCCUUACAGAAACACAGUUCACACUCAAUGUUUUUGAAUGAAGGACGAGCUUUUAUGUGAAAUAUUUUGGUACGUCUGAUGGUACAGGCCGGGAUGUUUGAGGACGACACUUUUAUUUUCAGUUCAUACAAAAGCCGAUCAUGCAGGAUGCUCCUCUGUGUGAGGAGACAUUCCUCUCCCACAGUAAAUCCAACAGUACAUGACCUUUAAGGCUCUUCUACCUGUUUUACAAUACUGCAAGGUACUUUGAAGCUGCUCUGAUCUUGCUGGGAGAAAAUAUUCUUCUCUGAUUGAUCUUUUUAUUUGUCCAAGAUAGUGACUUGGCAAAAUUUGCAACCACAUGUGUGCUAACGUAGACUACGUUGCAUUCGUAAUGACAUCUACAGCAUGUGAGCCCAAGGACUGAUGUUUAAUUGGCCAAAUUCAAAAUGAGAUCAUUCUUAUGCUAUUCAAUUAAGACAGAUGGAGAAUCAGGGAAGUGAUUGUUACUGCUGUAAUGUGCCUAUACAUCCACCAUUGUGCAUUCACAGGCAAAUGGCCAGUAUUUCUGCCUCUGUCGCGUUAAUCGAUGCGUUUUCAUCAUCACUACAGUUGAACACAGUUUCAGGUAACCAAAGGUGCGGCCGCAUGCUGUGAAUAGUUUGGAAGCUUGUGAAAUGCGCUCUAACCAAACCUGGAGGAGUAACGCAGUCAGGGCCUGAACACGCUGGCUCACAAAUCAAAGUUGUUGUAUUGUGUAGUAGUGUAUGUGUGCUCUGUUACCUGUGGCCUUAUCAAGGUAAAGUGGAGGACACGCUCCUCUAGUUACACCUGAUACCACCUUUAGGAGGUGAUUUUUUUUUUUUUUUUUUACCAGCAAGACCGAUCAGAGAUCCCUGUGGGACAAACGAUCCUAGUGUAGCAGGUAAAAGGGACAAGAGGAAGUGAGGUUGCAGCUGAGUAAUUUAUUGAACCAUUGUACCAAUGUCAAGGCUGAAACAGUGAAGUGUCUAACAUGGCAUUGAAGUGUCGAAUAAAAUCCCAUUUUGCUAUUAA